UUGAGAAGUAGACCCUGUGCCUGCCCAUUAUGCUACAACUCGUCUUUGCACUGGGAGUCUGAGCCUGUGGUUCUGGCAUAAGCUGUUGGUCCAAGCCUGGGUUUACUGGGCUUUGAAAAAAGCAAGAAACAGAAAUUAUUACCUCCACCACUAUAGUACUUGACAACUAGAGACAUGCCAGCAACAAGUCUUCUCAGAGGCACUGCCUUCUGCUAAGAUCUGAUGGCACACAAGCCUUGCUGUGACUCCUACGAAUAGAAAACAGGUCGGGUACUCCAGUCUGCCCUCUUUUGAAUUGCAUCAAUUCCACUUAUGAGCCAGAAAGAAGAAAUGGAGGAUAGCUCCCCACCACUCUGUGUCACCUGCGGCCAAGCACAUUUACCAGAAGAAAACCACUUGUACAGCUACACCGAAGUAGUAGAUGAUGAUCUGAUAUGCCACAUUUGCCUGCAACCAUUGCUUCAGCCGUUAGACACGCUCUGUGGGCACACCUUCUGCACAGCCUGCCUUACAAACUUCCUUGUUGAAAAAGACUUCUGCCCCAUGGACCGCAAACCUGUGAUUCUCCAGACGUGCAGGAAGGCCAGCAUACUGGUGAAUAACCUCCUGGACAAGCUAAUGGUUAGCUGCCCUUUCACAGAACACUGCUCAGAGGUCAUGCAACGUGGUCACCUCCAACAGCAUUUCCAAACCCAAUGUAAAGGAGCAUCCCACUAUGGCCUUACCAAGGAACGGAAGAGGCGUUCCCAAGACUGCUCUCCAGACCAUGGCUCCAGCUUGGCCGUAGCUGCCCUGGGCCCCGAGCUCUCAGCAGCUGCAGCCAUUGCCUUAAUGACAGAUGAGCCAGGGCUGGUGAACCCAGCCUUCAGCCCCACCUCAGAGGACAGCCAGUCGGGUAGCAGCCCUGGAGACCUGCAUCGUAGCAACCGAAACAGAACUCGACACUUUGAACGCUCCACUAUCAGAAGCAGAUCUUUUAAAAAAAUAAACAAGGCAUUCAGUGUUCUUCGGAGGACAAAAAGUGGAAGUGCUGUUUCCAACCAGGCUGACCGGGAAAGGGAGGCUGUUGGGAACUCUACUGCUGGAGAGGAAGAUUCAGAAUGCUCCCUACAACCCCUGGAGACAAAACCACAACACUCUGUGGAAAUACCUGCAAGAAUCACCAAAAACAAGAGAGAAAGUUUACUUCUUUCUAGAUUCAGCAGCUCUUCGAUAUUUAAGGACUGGAAAUUUAAAAUGGUAAAGAAAGGUUUUCCCAGGUUGUAUCACCUGAUUCCAGAUGGGGAAAUUACCUGCAUUAAGAUCAACCGUACUGAUCCCCAUGAAAACCUGGCCAUUAGGAUUGUGGGAGGCAGUGAGACUCCUUUGGUUCACAUUAUUAUACAGCAUAUUUAUCGCGAUGGGGUAAUUGCCAGAGAUGGAAGACUGCUGCCUGGAGACAUGAUACUAAAGGUGAAUGGCAUGGACAUCAAAAAUGUGCCUCACAACUAUGCCCUGUCAAUCCUGAAGCGACCCUGCCAUGUGCUCCGACUGACGGUGCUCCGAGAGCAGAGGUACCGGUGCCGAAACAGCGGACUUUCCGUUGAUGCUCACUGCAAUAGGGAUGACAGUUUCCAUGUUGUGCUAAACAAAAGCAGUCCGGAUGAGCAGCUGGGAAUAAAGCUGGUCCGCAGGGCCGAUGAGCCAGGGGUAUUUAUUUUCAACUUGCUGGAAGGCGGAGUGGCUGCCCGUGAUGGACACCUUCAGGAGAAUGACAGGGUGCUGGCCAUCAAUGGGCAUGACCAUCGGUAUGGCAGUCCAGAGAGCGCAGCCCAGCUGAUACAGGCCAGUGAGAAGCAGGUUCACUUCAUCGUGUCUCGGCAGACCAGGCAGCAGCCCCCUGACAUCCUGCAGGAGACAGGCUGGAGUUACAGCAGUGGCAGCCCGCAGCCCUGUCCCACCGAGAGAAACAACCCCAGCAAGAGCGCCCUUCAUGCUGUCACUUGUCAUGAGAAGGUGGUAGCUGUCCGGAAAGAUCACACAGAAUCGUUGGGAAUGACUGUAGCAGGCGGAGUAUCUAACCGGGAAUGGGAUUUGCCUAUCUACGUGAUAAGUGUCGAACCUGGAGGAGUUAUCAGCAGAGACAGCAGGAUAAAAACAGGUGACAUCCUCCUGAAUGUGAAUGGGAUUGAGCUGACAGGGGUCAGCCGGAGUGAGGCUGUUGCCCUGCUGAAGAACACCAACUCAUCGGUGGUGCUCAAAGCCCUAGAGAUGAGAGCGUGCGAAGCCCAGGAGGAGUGGGGCCAGCCGCCAGCCCCUGAGGCUGUGCCUGCAAGCUCCGAGAGCAGUGAGUGGUCACCUUCCUGGGUGAUGUGGCUGGGGCUGCCACGGUAUUUGUACAGCUGCAAAGAAAUUGUAUUACGAAGAAAUACAUCUGGAAGUCUUGGCUUCAGCAUCGUAGGAGGUUAUGAAGAACACACUGGAAACAAACCAUUCUUCAUCAAAUCCAUCGUUGGGGGAACACCGGCGUAUAAUGACGGCAGAAUUAGAUGUGGAGACAUGCUCCUUGCUGUCAAUGGCAGGAACACAUCAGGAAUGCCGCAUGCCUGCCUGGCACGGAUGCUCAAAGAACUGAAGGGCAAAAUUACUCUCACAAUUGUGUCCUGGCCUGGCACAUUUUUAUAAAACAACUCUUUGUGGAAAGGAACAUCAGGUUUUGCUUUUGGGGGAGGUCAAGUAUGUAUUUAUAAAGAAAAGGUUUGUGAAAUUUCAAUUUGCAUGUCAAGAAAAGUCAAAUUUAGGCAAAGCAGGGACAUCUGUCAGAAAAUCACUUCAGAGUGAUUUAAGCUACAGACUUAAGCCUUUCCUUCCCCAUAUUCUUAAGGGUUUUUUUGUUGUAUUUCUUUUAUAUAUAUAUAUUUAAUGCAUUAUAAUAAUACUCAAAUGUCAGGAGCAGCAGCUCCUGCUCACUCACUUUAUUUUGAUUUACAUAAAGAAAUCCUUGAAUAACUCAUGGAACAAUUUCUUGCCAUUUUUUCUAGUUGCAAAAAUGAGGUGAAGGUUUUUAUCCAGCACAGUAAUAGCACUUUGAUUAUGUGUACUUUUUCAUGGUCAGCAUGAAGCUGGUAUUUUCAAGACUUUCAAAUACUGUUAGUCUGUAAAACUGUGAAUUAAAUUUCUAAAAUAAUUUAAAAAAAUAACUGCAACUGUGUACUUGUACAGACAUUCUUUUCAUCCAAAACCAAGCAACCCAGUUUCCCUGGUUUGAUUAAUACUAUUAAAUAUAGGCUUUUUAUACAGAAUUAUUGUUUUUAAGGACGUUCUUUGCACUCUAAAGUAAGUCUUCUAAACAGCACCAUGCCAAUCACACUUGAUGCUGUUCUGGAUGGAGUAAUUCUGAUAGUGAUGAUGGUCUUACAUUUUUUUCUAAAAAUAGUUCUUUGCCUUUCUCUGCAAAUUAACCACGUUCCAACGUGUUAACUUUUCCUCACAAGCCAGCAAUGGGAAGAGGAUAUAUUUGUUAAUCUUUACCAUGUCAAGGACAGCUGUUCCCAUAGAAGAAAGACUAACAAGAACUUUCUCUUAAGCCACUGAAAAGCAGCAGGGAUGAUUAUCCAGAUUAAGUCACCCUUAUGAACCCACACAAACCAGACAUAAUUACCAAGUGUAUCAGAGUGUUCCAUCAGACUAAGAACAAUCAGCAACUUGCCCAGUUUCCCUAUUUUUUUUUCAUUUCACCUUAAUUCAAGAUUCUUGAAGACAAGAGUCUGCAAUUCCUGUCUGUCCCUGUAGUAAAAGAUGGACCUUUUCAAAUAUGAAUUCCAAAAGUUAUACUAAGCCCACACUGUUCCAGGUGUUGGUAUAUAAAAAAGUGAAUGUACACUGUUUCUAAAUUCAGUAAAACAAUGACCUUCCCAGUGGCUUAUAAAAAAAUUAGACACUUUUAACACAAAUAACUUACUUAAGCCCUACAUAUUCUGUAAGAGCAUAAAGCUCUAGCUGAUCAAGAUGGUUUCUCACUUAAAAGACAAAGUCAGUCCAACAAUCUUAACAUGAAAAAUUCAUUCUUUUAUUUUCAAAAAAAAAAAAAAAAUAACCAAACAACAAA